AUGUCUGAUCGACAAGAGGAAAUUCAACCUGAACAGGUGCCACUGAAAUGUAACACUGAUCCGGCGAAACUAAAAGUAGAAACUAAUUCUGCAAAGGAAGAAAGUGAUGAAGUUUAUAAGAAAGAGCGCAAAAAGAUAUGUCGAAUUUGGCAACGAAAAAGUCCCCGAUCGUACAAUUUUCAAAGAGAGAAAGAUGAGUCGAAAAAGUCGAGAACAACAAUUGGAUUGGAUUUCGAGAAUCGUGAUGACAAAGGCCUCAAUAAUCAUAUUAUCAUGGAUUUUGCGGAAGUGUUCGCGGAACCGGAUGAAAGCCAUUCGUUCAAUUGGACAUGGCUUGCAACUAAUCGAAUCUUCACAGCUACAAGCGUUGCCAUCUACAAGCUAUUGGCUGCUUUUAUCGCUAUACCAUUUGCCGUAUUUUUCGGUAUUCUGUUUGCUGUUUUCGCAGUAAUUAGCGUUUUCGUGUGCACACCACUUGGAGUAUUACUUGCGAUACCACUAAAUGCUUUUUCCAAGGGAGAGAAACGAUUUCUCGCUAAAACUUAA